AUGGAGCGUUCCCGUGGUUUCAGUGUCCGUUCGGGCCGCAUCAUCCUCCUGGGUGAUGGCACUGAGGUCAUCACGGGUCAGAACGACGAGGAGCUUUUUGACCAGACAGAGGAGGACGAGGACCUUACCAACCAGGUGCAGCACGAAUCGGGUACCCGGAAUGACCGCCAGGCCACCCCAGGUCCUCAGGGGAAACAGGAGAAUGGCAGCGGUUCUGCUCAAAUAUCCGAAUCCCCGGCCUCCACUGACGCCGAGAAAGAGAAGUCCGCAUCGUAG